ACCUGUAGGGUUUAGUAGGAGAUUUAGAGAUGUGGAGAUCAAUAGCAGCAAGAUCAACCCAGGUACCACGAAACUUCCAUGCUGCCAAGAAGGUACAAUCUACUCUAAUUUUUCCUCAUUCUUCUUCCAAACCUUCUCUUUAUCAAAUCCCUAGGGCUUUUUCACACUUAUCUGCAACUGACCCCGGUAAUGAGACUGACCUCUCUUCACCUAGUUUUAGCCAAAAUGAAUACACCCAGAUGGAUCCUCCUUCGACUGAAAAUAGUGAUAUAGUUGAAAAUGAUGAUACUCAGAUUGAUAAUGAAAAUGAUGAUACCCAGAUUGAUAAUUCGAUGCUUUUUAGUGAAAAUGGUGGUAUUCAGUUGGAUAAUCUUUCUGCCGAGGAAGGCGAAGCGGAGCCGGAGAUUGACAUGGAAAAAUUGGAGAAUGUGUUGUCGCUUUUACAGAGUAGUGUUGAUGAUUCGGUGGAGUCGACUCUUGAGAGUUUUGAUUUGGAUUUACAUGAAGAGUUUGUGGUUAAAGUACUUGAAACCCCACAAGUUUUGGGUGAGAAUUUAAUUGGGUUUUUUAAGUGGGUUAUGAAGCAGCCGGAUUUUAAGGUUACAACGAGUGUCGUUGAUGUGCUUGUGAGAGCUGUCUGUGGCAGUAUGAGGAAAAAAGAUGCUUAUGCUUUGUGGGAUUUGGUUAAGGAGAUUGGCGAGAAGGAGAAUGGUCUGUUGAAUGUGGAGAGUCUCAAUGAAUUGAUAGCUUUGUUAUCCAAGUUGGGAAAAGGAAAAGCGGCUUUCGAAGUGUUUAACAAGUUUGGGGAUUUCGGAUGUGAUGCAAAUGAGGAGACAUAUUAUUUCACUAUUGAAGCUCUUUGUAGGCGCUCUAUUUUUGAUUGGGCUUGGUCUGUUUGUGAGAAAAUGAUUGAUACAGGGAGCUUGCCUGAUACCGAGAAAGUUGGAAAGAUUAUUUCUUGGCUUUGUAAAGGAAGUAAGGCAAAGGAGGCACAUUUGGUUUAUAUGUUGGCAAAGGAGAAAAACAAGUACCCGCCUCAGUCUUCUGUCAAUUUCUUGAUCAGUUCCCUUUGUCAGAAAGAUGGAACGGUGAAUUUAGCUUUGGGGAUGCUAGAUGAUUUCUCAGGCGAGGCUCGGAAGUAUGCGAUCAAGCCAUUUUCAUCUGUUAUUCACAGUCUAUGUAGGAUGAAAAAUGUUGAUGGAGCAAAAGCAUUGCUUUCUAAGAUGAUUUCUGAGGGUCCAGCUCCUGGAAAUGCAGUGUUCAAUUCAAUUAUCAAUGGCUAUUCCAAAGCUGGAGAUAUGCAACAGGCAAUGGAGAUGAUGAGUUUGAUGGAAAGUAGGGGAUUAAGACCAGAUGUGUAUUCUUAUACGGUUAUUAUGAGUGGUUAUGCAAAUGGUGGUCAGAUGAAGGAGGCCUGUGAAAUCUUGUCUGAAGCAAAAAAGAAGCAUUCUAGGCUGAGCCCGGUGACUUACCACACACUCAUUCGUGGGUAUUGCAAACUGGAAGAGUUUGACAACGCUUUGACAUUGCUAAAUGAGAUGAAGGAUGCUGGUGUCCAACCUAAUGUUGACGAGUAUAAUAAGUUAAUCCAAUCUCUUUGUCUAAAGGCUGUGGAUUGGAAAACAGCAGAGAAGCUAUUAGAGGAGAUGAAAGAGAAAGGUUUGCAUCUCAAUGGGAUCACACAAGCUCUUAUAAGAGCAGUCAAAGAGCUUGAAGAGGGAGUGGAUGAUGGAGUAGCCAGCAUUGAAGCCUAAAUUAUAUUGGGUUUUUUCUUUUUUAAAUCAAUUUAAUGGGAGGCAUGUCUUAUGAUUGUAACUUUUUGUGUUUUUCUUCCAAAAUAUAAUGCUUAAAGUGAGGUUCUCUCUUUCUUCAGCCUUGUGCACCAAUUUCACUAGGGAUGGAAUUUUCUUGACACACAGAUAAGUCCUUAGGGAUGCAUUCUUCUUGAAACUUUGCAAAUUGAUUCCGUCGACCCAAAAUUUAUGCUUAAUCGGGGGUAGUCUAGGUUAGGGUUGGUUUAGAAAUAGCUAUCAUAAUGGUUUGAACUUUGAACCACAAGAUUUUGUUGAAUUGUAUUGUAACCAUUUAAUAGUGACUUGAUCUAGUAAUUUGAUGUAUUGUUCUUCUGUUUUUUUUC